AUGACUAGUAGAUUUACUGAUUGUUAUUCUGAAAAACAAUCUGGACCAAUUGGUGGCUACUGGAAGUAUCCACUAGUGUCCUUGAAAGACGCAUUAGCCCCUGUCUCGUCAAAAAUUAAUGGAUUGGAUCGGGAUAUUAAAGAAGCUUAUGAUUAUUGUCAUUUCCCAUCAGAACAUGGCCUUAGUAAGGAUGAAUCGGCUGCUCUAUUUUUAUACACACUUGAAGCAGGUGAAUACAGUUUUUAUGCUGUCUUGAACCGAGCACUGCGAGAUGAAGAGCGAAAAAAAUUAGCGCCAUGGUUCUCCUAUCUGAAAUUGUUCGACACAGCCCUGGAAAAACUGCCGACAAUAAAAGGGUGCAUUUGGCGUGGAGUACGUCAGAAUGUUAGUCAAGAUUACGUUAUGGGCACUGUAAAGACCUGGUGGAGUGUUAGUUCUUGUUCAUCAGUAGUUAAAGUCGUCGAAGACUUUUUAGACUCCGAUGACGACUCCACACUGUUCAUGAUCGAAGCUACAAAUGGAAAAGAUUUGACUGGAUACACUAAUUUUCCCAAUGAAGAAGAAGUUUUAUUGAAAAUGGGAACGAAGUUACGUAUAAAGAGCAAUGCAAUGAAACAUGGCAAACUACACCUUAUCCAUUUAGUGGAAAUCGACAAUAAUAACCAGGCAGAAGUACCAGCUACAACAGGCGCAGCGUCAUCGAUAUCGUCAUCGUCGUCGGUCUCAGCUGCAGCUGCAAGUUAUGUGCAACCAAAACCAGCCACCAAAACUUUUCCCAGUAAGUGUCACACACAUUUUCGUUGA